AUGAGCACUAGAAAACGGUCCGUUGUUACUGAAGAGACCGCCCUCAUCGAAGAGACCCCGGGAACGAAGAAAACUGUAAGAGUUUAUGAGAGAAGGGUUUAUUCCUGGGAUGAAAUUCCAGAUUGGCAAAAGGAUAAUGAGCACAUCCUGCAUGGCUAUGUACGAGAGACCCAGAGCUGGAAAGAGCUUUUCCAUUCAUUGUUCUAUCUUCACAAUGAAAGUGUUAACAUAUACACACACCUUAUACCUGCAGUAGCCCUUUUCUUUAUUAUGCUAUUUGCUACGCAUCAUGUUAUCAACGAGUACCCUACGACUUCAGCAAUUGAUUAUUUUAUGAUAAAUCUCUUCUUCUUCGGGUGCGCAACUUGCUUGACGAUGAGUAGUAUGUUCCAUACCAUUAAAUGUCAUUCUUUACCAAUUGCAACUUUUGGUAAUAAGUUAGACUAUUUAGGAAUCGUUGUGUUAAUAUCUACGUCCAUGAUUAGUAUAUUGUUUUAUGGAUUUCACGAUAGCAGUCUUUUGUUUUAUCCAUUUGCGGGUUUGACAAGUCUCUUCGGGUUAAUUUGUGGCUACAUGUCGUUAAAGGAUAAAUUCAGGUCUAGAGAGUGGAGACCUUACAGAGCCACUAUGUUUGUUCUAUUUGGACUUUCUGCGGUGUUCCCGAUAGUUGCUGGGUUUAUUGUCUAUGGGAAAGAUGAGACAUGGAAGAGGGUUCAAUUGACAUGGGUCAUUUGGGAAGGAGUUCUAUACAUUUUCGGAGCAUUCUUAUAUGGAGUUAGAUUUCCCGAAAGGCUUGCCCCGGGAAAGUUCGAUAUUUGGGGACAUUCACAUCAACUUUUCCAUGUACUAGUAGUUGUUGCUGCUCUAUGUCAUUUAAAGGCACUAGUCGUCUCUUAUGGGCUGGUCCAUCAAGCUUUGUCACAGUGA